AGUGCUCACGUUCCCUGGCUACAUACCAUCAGCACGACCUUCUUCAUGACAGACCAACGUGAAACUUUUCAGUGUGUUCUAUAGAUUUGUUCAUUCGAGAAAGUCUGCCAGCCAGACGACGAUACAAAAUUGAGACAAUUGUAGCGACUGAACUAAAACAGAAGAAGAGUCCAGAAAGAAAUUCAUUUGUAGCCUAAAUUGUCAGACACCAUGACUUAAACUUUUUUCGGUGGAGAUAUUUCAGUAAUACUUGCGUAAAGUGUGUUGUUUGUGAGACCGACAGUGUUUCGACACCAUGCCCUGUACCAACAAUCUAAUUUGGGAUAUUAGGAAACGCACCAUCGGUUCCAACAAAAUAAACAACUUUACAAGGAGUAACUACUUAGGAAGAAAAGAGUUUGUUCAAAGGCUGAAACUUGAAGCCACUCUUGAUGUCCAUGCYGGCUCUGUCAAUACGAUAUGCUGGAACGACACAGGAGAAUACAUCUUAUCUGGAUCAGAUGAUGACAAAUUGGUCAUCACGAACCCAUAUAGCCGGAAAGUCAAGGCAUCCAUUACAUCAUGGCAUCGAUCCAAUAUCUUCAGUGCCAAGUUCAUGCCCCAAACCAACGACAGAAUGAUCGUGUCCGCAGCAGCCGACGGCAAGAUCUUCCURACCAACGUAGAGAGGGGUUCCAACAUGGACCCUGUGUUGCAGUACCACUGUCAUAAUGGUGCCGCCUACGAGAUAUUGACGGUACCUAGCGACCCUCAUUCUUUCCUGUCCUGUGGAGAGGAUGGAACAAUCCGGUGGUUUGAUGUCCGAGUUUCUCCUGGCUGCUGGCAAACUAACUGUAAAAAGGACAUCCUGAUUGACUGUCGGCGAGCAGUAACAUCCAUGGCCAUAUCCCCUGUGGAAUCCUUCUAUCUGGCUACUGGCUGUCUCGACAGCUCAGUCCGUAUCUAUGACAGGAGAAGCUGGGUACCAAAGCAACAGGUUUCCAGACAGGAAGCGGGUGGCAGGGAUGUGUGCGAGGUCGUACCGAGGCACCUGGUCAAUAAGUCAUGUCGCGUGACCUCAUUGGCCUACAGUAGGGACGGCAGGGAGGUGCUAGCCAGCUAUGCCUCAGACUAUCUCUACUUGUUUGACCCUAAAGAUGACAAGGGACGCGAGCUGAAGGGACCGUCGCAGGAAACAAGACCCCUGCAGAAGGAGACUCAGCAGAAGCGUCUGCGUCUGAGAGGAGACUGGUCAGACACUGGACCCCUGUCACGGCCAGAGAGCGGAGGGGAAGGGACGGUAAGAGAAGCUCCUCGCCCCACUAAGUCCCACUCACCGAAACGCACAGCUGACACAACACGAGAGUCCAGGCCUGGAGUGUCUCUGAUGCAGAGGAUGUCAGACAUGUUGUCACGCUGGUUUGAGGACGCCAGCGAGGCCCAGAACAACAGAGGAGCCCGUCCACAGUCACGACCCAGGAUAGGCCCAGCAGCAGCUCCACAAGGUAGUGGGCUUCACCAGGAGGCUAUGGUGCUAGGGAAUCCAGCCCCGUCUCAACCAACAUCAACAGCCAGCUUCUCCUCCUCCAUGAGAAGCCCAGAGGCCGACCAGGGCACCACUAGCAGCACCAUCCAACUGGACUUCUCCAGCGGUGGCGCCAGCGACCAGGGGGAACCCCCGCGGAUCAGGAGCCCAGAGCAGGUGUCCGACACCAGGCAGAUCUCAUCCCUCAGCCAGUCAGAGGUGGAGGGCAUGGAGAGGGAGCCCACACCACAGCCCCCUGGGGAAUGGAUGCAAAGACAUGUUGUAUAUCCUUCCGAAAGGCGCUCUGCUGCUGCGCGGAUCCAGGAGAUUUUUCGGCGGCGGAAAGAGAAGAAAGAGUUGGCGGAUUGCGAGACUCGCCGUAUCGGGAYGCCCUCAGUAGAAAAGAUCUACAAGGGCCACCGUAAUUCCAGGACUAUGACCAAUCAGUGUUGUUUCUGGGGUGACCAGUUUGUGCUGAGCGGCUCAGACUGUGGUCAUAUCUUCAUCUGGGACAGAGAGACAGGGGAACACCUAAUGCUGCUGGAGGCAGACCAGCACGUUAUCAACUGUCUGCAGCCACACCCCUACGAACCACUGUUAGCCACAUCAGGGAUAGAUUCCAACAUCAAGAUCUGGUCACCGAUGGAGGAAUCCCCAUCAUUCAACAGAGUACUCGCUGAAGAGGUGACCUUCCGUAAUGAACUGAUGCUGGAGGAGACCAGGAACACCAUCUCUGUACCUGCCUCAUUCAUGCUGAGGAUGCUGGCCCAACUCAACCACUCCAUCACAGCAGAGUCUGAGAACAAUGAGGAAGAGAGUAGCCCUAUCCAUAGCUUCCAUACUGGACUGUUGAAUGUGUGAAGUAGGAACUACAUAUUAUCUCAUUGGAUUCACUUUGUGGCCAUUAUAGUGGUAAUGUUACCAUGGGGACUGGCGUAUUGGACCUCACCUAGUGUAGGUUAUAGAAACUAGAAGAGGUUGUGUUGAUUUUAUAAAUAUACUUUAUAUUCAGAUGUAGAUCAAGGAAUGUUUUCUACCUAUUAUAUAUUUUUGUUCAGGUGUCCAGCCUCUCCGUCUGGCUAUGAGAAGUGUUCUCUAGAUGGUAUCUCGUUAUUCUCCUCUGUACUUUGUGAACCUCAGGCCUUUUUGUGAGAAGUCGCAUUUCAUCUUACUUUGUGGCUUUUCCUGAUACUCUGCAACGACGGCUUCAGUUCUGACUGUUGUCAAUGUGCUUGUUUACCAAAGAGAAUGUGUUUAAUUUAAGAAUGUUAAUGUUAAGAAAAAAAAAA